AUGUAUCUUAGGAUAGGCGUCCGUAAGCAGGAUCGACGUUUUCAGCGUAUCUUAUAUCGCUUCAGUCGGAAUGACAAUUUAGGAGGUGGUUCAGAUAUUCAAAUUCCAAUAAAAUCAUUAGAAUUCAAUAGAGUAGCCUUUGGACUAAAGUGUAGCCCAUUUUUAGCUCUUCGCACUGUCUCGCAACUAGUACAGGAUGAGGGUCACCGUUUUCCUAUAGGUAAAGAAGUCGUGCAGAGAGAUCUUUACAUGGACGAUAUAGCUAGCUCACUGAUGAAUUCCGAUCGAGCUAUUUCUGCCUUUCAAGAGUUAAUCGGGCUAUUUAAGGCUGGGGGCUUCGAUCUAGUCAAAUGGAGUAGCAAUAGCACAAGGGUACUUGAAUAUAUUCCUGAAGAUUAUCGCUUGUCGCAAAAUGUCGAAUUUCACAAGGACGAUACCUUGAAAAUAUUAGGUCUUUACUGGCGUCCUCAUGAUGAUGAGUUCGCCUUCAAGGUAAUUUCAGAUGAUCGCCCUUGCACUAAGAGAAACAUUUUGUACUCUGUCGCACGUUUGUUUGAUGUUUUGGGCCUGGUAGCACCUGUAAUUUUGUAUGCCAAGCUUUUAAUCAAGGAGCUUUGGAUUGCUAAAAUAGACUGGGACGCUGAUCCCCCACAACGAAUUACACGACUGUGGAAUGAAUUCCGACGGGAACUUCCCCUGCUUGCCCAGAUGAAAUUUCCUCGGCACCUUGGAGUGGUUCAUGGCUGUUCGGUGACAAUUCUGGGUUUCGCUGACGCGAGUGAAAAGGCUUAUGGCGCCGCAGUUUAUAUUCGAGUAGACGUCAAACAAAUUCAGACAACUGUCAUUUUGUCAUGCGCAAAGUCAAAGGUUGCGCCCUUGAAGGUUGUAUCAUUAGCACGUCUGGAAUUAUGUGCAGCCUUGUUGCUUUCUAAAUUAAUAAAAAAGGUUUUUGAAAUAUAUUCGAGUAGAUACCCAAUUGAUUCGGUGUUAGCAUUUUCAGACUCGACCGUAGUGUUAAACUGGAUUCACUCUUCUCCGCACCGAUGGCACACGUUUGUUGCCAAUAGAGUCUCCAAAAUCCAGGACAACUUACCAUCGUCAUCAUCAUCAUUCUCUAAACCAUUUCCCAUUAUCUGGGGUCGGCGCAGUAAAUCUUUUUGUUCCAUUCCUCUCUAUCAGCCGUCAUUUCCAUACUUACUCCUUUCAUUCUCAUAUCACUCUUCACACAAUCGAUCCAUCUUUUAUUCGGCCUUCCUCUGCCCGUGUGUCCCUCCACAUUCAUAUUCAACACUCGUUUUGUGA